AUGGUGAGCUACGGCAUCCGCCUCCGCGCCGAAAGCAAGCGGUGCCAAAUGGCGAUGCUCAUCAACCAGGAGAAGGCCAGUUUGUGGAGUAACACGGACAUGACCUUUCAGGCGGACAUUGCCCUCCACAUAUCGAAGUUUUAUCCGGGCGCCGUGGACAAGAUAUACGUCUGCAACAUGAGCCGGACCCUGGCGGCACUGGCAAAGCCCAUCUUUUCCAGGCUCCCCUCGAUUGUCUCGGAUCGCAUUAUGAUCAUAUCCGACGCUGAGAGGAAGUCCGGCAAGCUGUUGGAGUACUUUGACGAGAGUGUCCUGCCGGUGGCGCUGGGCGGCAGCAACGACUGUGAUCAUGAGGAGAACCAUGCCAGGUUUGCUGUGACCAUCAGGGAGCACUUUGAGCAAAUGAAAUCCGCCCUGCUCCGUGGCCUCUCAGCGAAGGAGUGGGAACUGACGUGCCUCUUUCCACACGGGCUUCCGGAGGACGCGAACCCGCUUGCUGAGCGGCUGAGAGGCGAGCCGCUUCUCUCCACGUUACACUCUAACGCCUUUGAGGAUUCACUUUGGAGCCCUUCUUCACCGGCCAUUAACUCCUCUAUUGGCGUUGAAUCGUUGGAUCUGAUCACGUGCGACUCGCUUAACGCGGAUUGCUUAGUCGCAUCCCACAGCGACGGAGGGAGGCAUGCCGUGCGUGGGCUGCGCGCUGUUGGGCAUUCGUUGACGAUAAGUAGUAGGAACUUUGUGGAUGAUUACGUGGAGCAGUUUGUCCUGCUGGAGUCUUUUUUCCGCAGCAGCAUUGCCGAGACGGCGGAGCGCGAGUGGCUGUCUAUUUUGCAACGCGAAGUUCCGGCACGUCGCAUGCUGCGUGCUGCGGAGCAAAAUUUCUGGAAGAACACGCUUUUGUUUCAACGCCUGCCCGUUUUAAUACGGCUUAUUUCCAAGGGCUCACUUUGGCUGGCGCUCAUGGUGAUGUCGGUUUACUUUCUCAUUGCCACUAUUUUUGGAACGCUUUUUCUUUGUUGCGUUAUGAAUACACUCUUUUUUUCGAUAUUCAUUAGGCCGUACAACAUCUUCCCGUACGGCUGCGCCCUGAUUGUGACGGUGUGCCAGUGCGUCCUGUUCUGCUCGCGCGGGGUUGAACUGAUGCGUCGCACCUACGAAGGUCAACUGAUCGACGCCUUCAGGGUGAUUGGCCCAAAGGGGCUGCUCUUGCAGGGAGUGUUGUGUAUUGCAGCUGUGAUUGUUUUUUUUGUGGUCUUCUGCGUUAUGGCGUCAAACCACGGCGUGGCUACUGGGAUUCAGUACUCCGUUGGAAGUGGAUGGGCCGUGGCACUGUGCAUUAUAGUGCUGUACCACUUCCUGUACGCCUUUGGAAUGACAGGGUACCGCAGAAACUCCCGACAAGGCGAUACCAGUGUUGCGACGCUGUACUUUUUUCUAGAUGUGGAUAUGGACGAGAAUCACAGCACCGUGCAGGAUACACCGACCACGGAGGUGGCCGUUGCGUCUGUUGUGGCAUUGUCAGCCUUUGUGUGUGGAUUUUGCUACUUGCUGCACGGUGCCAUCUUCUUCCUUGGUGCGACUGUGAUAAUGACUUUCCUCGUUGCUAUGCUCGCAGUUCUGUUUGCGAACGCUGGUAACAAUCUCUCCACAGGCAGCUUGUUAAUCGUCGCUGCCCUUUACUCUUGCCUCACAUGGUUGACAAUAGUCUUUACCUCCGCGGCGCACGGCUGGCGUGGGAAUUGGGGCAGAUCCUUGGGCGCGCUCUUAACCGUAGCCUUGGUGACAGACGCUGUUAUUGUUAUUUGUGCAUUCAUGCCUGUACGGAACCGGGUGGCGCGUCGUUGGAUUUUUCGUGCGGCAUGGGUGUGGAUUGUGAUACAGUCCGCUGUCUUCCUCGUUUUUGCAUUUCUCACUGACUACCGCAUGGGCAUCAUCACACUUGCGUUUAGCCUUCACUUGGUGUUGUACGAACUGCGGGCGAACUACGGCUCCAGUAACUACGGCGUGGUGCUCACGGUUGCCGUCUUCGUCGCAAUGUUACUCUUCUGCGUCUUGGGUGGGUGGCAGACGACACGUGUCCGCUACGACACGCCGGCUAGCCCGUGGCUGCUGUCAAAUUACAGCAAUAAUGCGAUAGCGGACUCUGCCUUCCCCGCAUAUAACCAUUUUCCAUCAUCGCUUCCGGUAUGUUGGCCGCGCUUUUCUGCUCACGUGGACAUUGUUGGGAUGGCGCUCUUUGCGAAGCUGUCGAAUGCACGCUCGUUGGACGUCAUGCUGACGGACCUCCACGCGUGGUUUCCCAACUUUACGUACAUCCACAAUUCCAGCUUCUCUUCCUUGUCCUUUUUGCAGACGGAAGUUUUUGAGACCUCGUCCAAUGGGUAUACCACGACUAUUCUCACUCUUAGUCCCAGCGACCACAUCUACCCUCUGAUGGAGUCCAUGACGAUCUGGGUAAACGUGGUGGCUCUUUCGCUGCUGUCACCCGUCACACCGCCUCUCUGGUUUAUUCAGUUGGUGUCGUACUUGACCGUAGCAGAGAAGUUAUCCCCGCUGCUGUGGAAGGCCUCCAUCGCCCAGGCCCGGGAAAAGUUGGGUCACUACGUGGCAUCUGUUGUGAGCCCAACGCAUGAGGUGUUUCUUGUGGGGCACGGCCUUGCUGGUGCAGCCGCCGCUUUUUUUGUUUCGGACAUGCCGGAGGAAGUGCAUGGUGUGACGUUUGCCUCGCCGCUGAACGCCAUUGCGUGGCGUAGUGGCCGUCAGUGGAUAUCCGAUGCGUUGCCUGGCCGCGUCUUGUCUAUUGUGUCAUCCUCGGCGGUGUUUGCGCUGCGUUGGAUGUGGGGAGAGUUGUCGGAGGUGAUACCGUGCAGGUCGUUUGCGGGCGAAUGCCACAACAUUGAUUCAAUUGUGCGGAUGCUGUGGGCGUUUUGCCGUUACAAUAAAACACUGCCCAUCGAUUAG